AUGACUGCCCACAAUAUUGUUGUCCUUGCCGGUGACGGUGUCGGCCCAGAGGUCGUCGCUGAGGCGAUGAAGAUCCUCAAAGUCAUCCAAAAACAUACCGACAACACCUUCAACUUCAAAGAGCACCUUUUUGGAGGAUGUUCGAUAGAUGCACACAACAAUCCUCUCACGGAUGAAGCCCUCGAAGCUGCAAAGUCGGCCGACGCCAUCAUCCUCGGUGCUGUCGGCGGGCCGAAAUGGGGAACCGGCAAGGUGCGCCCUGAGCAGGGAAUCUUGAAACUACGCAAAGAACUCGGUACCUUCGGAAACCUGCGGCCGUGUUUCUUCGCCUCCGACUCGCUCAUCGACGGCUCACCCCUAAAAGCCGACAACGUUCGUGGCGUAAAGUUCAACAUCAUCCGCGAGUUGACUGGCGGUAUAUACUUUGGCGAGCGAAAAGAAGAUGAGGGUGAUGGCAAGGCCAUGGACACAGAGCCUUAUAGCGUCGAGGAGAUUGAGCGCGUCGUACGGUUAGCGGGUAGUCUCGCGUCUGUCGAGGACCCGCCUGUCCCGGUAUGGAGUCUGGACAAGGCAAACGUUCUGGCGACAUCGAGAUUAUGGCGGAAAACCUUUGAGCGCAUCAUGAAGGAAGAGUACCCACAACUCGAGUCCGGCACCCACCUCAUCGACUCGGCGGCUAUGCUUAUGAUCAAGAGCCCAAGGGCACUGAAUGGUGUCGUGGUAACGAGCAACUUGUUCGGCGACAUCAUCAGCGACGAAGCCAGUGUCAUCCCUGGAAGUCUUGGUCUGCUUCCAAGUGCCAGCUUAGGUGGCAUCCCAGACGGCAAGACCAAGCUUAACGGAAUUUACGAGCCUAUCCACGGUUCCGCACCCGAUAUCGCGGGCAAAGGCGUCGUCAACCCUAUCGCAAUGAUCCUGUCCCUCAGCAUGAUGUUCAAGUACUCUUUAUGUCAACCAGAGCUUGCGCUGAAGAUCGAUGAGGCCACCAAGAUUGCCAUCGACAACGGCAUCCGAACACGCGAUAUCGGCGGAAAGUCAAGUACGGCCGAAGUCGGUGAUGCGAUCGCUGCGGAGCUAGAGAAACUUCUUUAG